GGUGUUGGGAAAAGGAGGGGGAAGAGAAAGGAGGGGGGAGGUUGAGCAGCUAAGGUCCUCUCCAGCUAUACAGGAUCCAGGGAUCACAAUGAGUUUCACACUCCUUUUGCCACAAUGAAAGGGACGGAUGAGAUUUGGGCUUUCCGAGGGGAGUGCAGCAGGAAAGGCACAACGUGUGUUCAGUGCUCCCCCAGCAGCAAAUUUCCAGGGCGUGACGUCAGUCCCUCUCAGUCUGAGGGAGCCUGCAGAGUACAAGGCACUAUAGAAACCCCCACUCACAGGGAAGGCAGCCACAGCAGCAACUACUCCCAGCUCCAGGACGACUUCUGCACAGCUUUUCCCUCGCUGGAGCCCUUGGAAGAGAAUAAUUACCAUAAUCUGGGAUGCUGAGCUCUGAUAUGCAAAGCUGCAUAUGCCCUGCAUAGGAGAAAAUCCUCAUGCUCCCUGAUGUGCUUUAACGUAGGUACCAGAUCUGGGAUCUGCGGAGUAUAAAGAUGCUGAGCAGCAUUUGGUUGCUAAGUGUUAUAUCACUGACUGGGAUCUUAAAGACAGAGAGUCGGAAAACUGCCAAAGACAUAUGCAAGAUCCGCUGUGUGUGCGAGGAAAAGGAGAAUGUGUUAAACAUAAAUUGUGAGAAUAAGGGGUUCACCAGCGUCAGUUUGCUCCUGCCUCCCCAGUCUAGAAUCUAUCAGCUUUUCCUUAAUGGUAACUUACUAAGCAGACUGUAUCCCAAUGAGUUUGUCAAUUACUCCAACGCUGUGACUCUCCAUCUAGGCAACAACGAACUACAGGAGAUCAAGACUGGGGCUUUCAACGGGCUAAAGACUCUGAAACGGCUGCAUCUAAAUAAUAACAAACUGGAAGUGCUCAGGGAGGAAACUUUUCAGGGCCUCGAGAGUCUAGAAUAUUUGCAAGCAGAUUACAAUUUUAUCAGCAUUAUUGAAGCUGGGGCUUUCAGCAAGCUGAAUAAAUUAAAAGUCCUGAUUCUCAAUGACAAUCUCCUCUUGUCUCUCCCCAACAACGUCUUUCGUUUUGUGCUGUUAACCCAUUUGGAUCUGAGAGGGAAUAGGCUGAAAAUGUUACCCUUUGCAGGUGUCCUUGAACACAUAGGAGGAAUAAUGGAGAUCCAGCUGGAGGAAAACCCUUGGAAUUGUACAUGUGAUCUAAUUCCACUCAAGGCAUGGUUGGAUACCAUCACAGUGUUUGUAGGAGAGAUUGUCUGUGAGACCCCAUUUAGGCUGCAUGGAAAAGAUGUCACCCAGCUAACCAGACAAGAUCUUUGUCCUAGGAAAAGUUCCAGUGACACAAAUCAAAGGCCAGCAUUUUCAGAUCCUCGUAUCCACAGAAUUCCCCCUACAUUUAACCCUGCAAUCAUUCCUACCAGAGUCCCCAAGGCUAGCAGGCCCCCCAAAACUAGAAACAGGCCCACCCCCCGAGUCACAGUGUCUAAAGACAGGCAAAUCUUUGGGCCUAUCAUGGUUUAUCAGACCAAGUCUCCAGUGCCUCUGACCUGCCCUGAAAGUUGUGUCUGCACAUCUCAGAACUCUGACAGUGGAUUAAAUAUCAAUUGCCAAGAAAGGAAAAUUAGUAACAUUUCCGAUCUCCAGCCUAAGCCUACCCACCCAAGGAAACUGUAUCUGACAGGUAACUAUUUACAGACUGUUUAUAAAGCUGAUCUUCUUGAAUUUGGUUCUCUGGACUUGUUACAUUUAGGAAAUAACAGAAUUGCAAUGAUACAGGAAGGUGCCUUUUCAAACCUCACAAGUUUGCGUAGACUUUAUCUUAAUGGUAACUACCUUGAAAUACUGUAUCCUUCCAUAUUUGAUGGCCUGUACAGUUUGCAGUAUCUUUACUUAGAAUAUAAUGUCAUUAAGGACAUUUUGCCACGUACAUUUGAUGCUUUGAGCAACCUUCAACUUCUGUUUCUCAACAACAAUCUGCUGAGAUCUCUGCCUGAAAAUGUAUUUGAAGGCACUGCACUUACUAGACUCAAUCUGAGAAACAAUCAUUUUUCUUCUCUGCCUGCAAAGGGGGUUCUGGACCAGCUUACAGUGUUUAUACAAAUAGAUCUUCAAGAGAACCCGUGGGAUUGCAACUGUGAUAUUUUAGGUCUAAAGAACUGGAUAGAACAGUCUAGUUCCACGGUAGUUGUGCAGGAAGUAACAUGUGACUCACCACUUAAGCAUGCUGGUGAACACUUAAGGCUUCUGUCCAAGGAUGUAAUUUGUCCAGAUUACCCCAAUAUGUCUGAUGCCACCCUCCUAUCAUAUAACCACAAAUCUUUCACGCCACACCCUUCUCGUAUAUAUCCAAGUCCAUACCCAGAGCUGCAUACUGAGGUUCCCCUCUCAGUGCUCAUUUUGGGAUUACUGGUUGUAUUUAUUCUUUCUGUUUGCUUUGGGGCAGGGUUGUUUGUCUUUGUUCUUAAACGACGAAAAGGGGUACAAAGUGUGCCAAGCAGCAGUGCUAACAACCUAGACAUUAGUUCUUUUCAGCUACAAUAUGGAUCCUAUAAUGCAAACAGCAAUGAUAAAACAGAGGCUCACGUGUACAAUUAUAUCCCUCCACCUGUUGGGCAAAUGUGCCAAAACCCUAUCUACAUGCAAAAAGAAGGUGAUCCGGUUGCCUACUACAGAAACCUUCAAGAAUUUAGUUACAGUAAACUAGAUCAUAAAAAGGAGGACCCUCCGACCAUAGCUUAUACAAUAAGCACAACUGAGUUGAUGGAAAAGCAGCAGCCCCCAGAAGAGCCCGAGCUUCUCUAUCAGAACAUUGCAGAGAGGGUAAAGGAAUUACCUAGUGCGGGGGUAGUUCAUUAUAACUUUUGUACCUUGCCGAAAAGGCAGCUUAUGCCAGCGUAUGAAACAAGGCGUCAAAAUCAGGACAGGUUAAAUAAAACUGUAUUAUAUGGCACUCCCAGGAAGUACUUUGCAGAACAAUCAAAGCAGGAGCACCUUUUGCUUCAAGGAAAACUGCAAUCAGAGCCAGAUUAUCUGGAGGUUCUAGAGAAACAAACUGCAAUAAGUCAGCUGUAGGCAACCUCCUGGAAGCCCUUGCUUCAAGCCUGCUGUUUAACUGGAGUGCUACAAGCAUAAUGUGCAUACCUUGUAUUUUUUAUCGUUACACAGGUACAGAUGCAUUGCAAUACCUUUGACUGCAGAACAAAGUAUUUGUUUUCUUAUAAAACACAACAAUUUUAAAUUAUUUCUACAUUUUAUUUCUAGAAACAGUCUAAUUCUGCUGUAUUUUUUAUCAUUUAAUUUUUUUUCCCCUUUCCUUUCCUUUCUUUUCUUUUUUUUUUUUUUUUGCCUAUUCGAUUAAGGGUAAAUAUGUUAUCUAAUGUUAAGUAGAAGAUCUCCAAAGAUCUUAGUGAAAUGAAGCUUUUUUUUAAUGUAAAUAUAAUACUUUAUGGUUUCCAUUCAAUUACCAACUGUAGCCACUGGGCGUCACUUUUUGUGUUUAAGUGCCUUUGCACUUUAAAUAAAUGAUCUAAUUGUUUCCUUUA